GAUGCGGAUGUACCACAAUUUGUGUCAUAUCGAACAGUUAUCGUUUGGGGAUAUAGUCGAAACUAAACUUAUAAAAUGAUGACGGGCAUUAUGAAACACAGACAGGAUAGUGUUAUGUUACUGUCUUUAAAUGCGUUAUUAAUUGUUUCAAUUCUAAGUAUGUGGUGGUUGAAACAACGUCAAUUUCGAUGUACGCAUGUAAGUGGUGUGGCUAUGUUGUAUGGUAUGGUUCUCGGUGCAAUUAUGAAAUCCGUGGACUUUGUAUACAGAGACGAGCCAAUGGAAGUGUACGCCUGUGUGGGCCUCAACAACACCCCACUGACACUAACGGUCAAUGUCACCUCACAUGUUCACCAUUACAAACAUGUAGGAGAGGUCAACUUCCUUGAAGGCCAAGGAUCAUCUUUGAUCACAGACUUAUAUAAGAUGACCUUUGAUCCAGAAGUCCUGUUCAAUCUGUUUCUGCCACCCAUCAUCUUCCAUGGAGCGUACUGCCUCAAUCAGAGAAGAUUCAUUGACAAUUUGGGCUCAGUGUUGACUUUUGCUUUCAUGGGGACAAUCAUCACCUGUGUUGGUAUUGGGGCCUGCGUGUACGCCUUCACCAGGCUGAUGGUUGUGGCCGGCCAGUCGGCAGAAGGGGACUUCCUCCUGACUGACUGUUUCUUGUUUGGGGCUGUGAUCUCCGCUACUGACCCAGUGGCAGUGCUGGCCCUGUUCUCGGAGCUUCGUGUGGAGCCCGACCUGUACACCCUGCUGUUCGGAGAGAGCGUCCUCAACGACGCCGUGGCCAUCGUCCUCGCACGGGCCAUAACCACCUACAGUCUGACGGGUGGAGUUCAUGCUUUUGACACCCGCGCCUUCUUCCUCGCUGUCGGCCAUUUUGUUGCAGUGUUCUCUGGCUCCUUCGCCGUAGGUUUUUUCUACACAGCAGUCACCGCUCUCCUCACCAAAUUCACCCGGCUGUGCGAGCACCCCCUGCUGGAGACGACCCUCCUCUUCCUGCUCUCCUGGAGUGCCUUCCUGUGUGCCGAGGUCUGCGGUCUCUCAGGUAUUGUGGCAGUGUUGUUCUGUGGAAUGGCCCAGGCCAGGUACACAAUCCACAACCUGUCUUCUGAGGCCAAGAUCAGGACCAAACAGCUUUUAGAGUUCUUCUCCUUUCUGGGGGAGAUGUUCAUCUUCUGCUACAUAGGGUUUGUCUUGUUGACGUUCCCGCGCCAUGUCUUCAGUGCCUUCUUCAUAUGCGGGGCCUUUCUCUCUGUGCUUGUAUCGCGGGCGUGCAACAUCUACCCACUCGCCUUCCUGCUCAAUCUGGGCCGCAGGAACAAGAUUCCCCUCAACGGACAACACUUCAUGAUGUUCUCAGGUCUGAGGGGAGCAGUGGCAUUUGCUCUGGCGGUGCAAGACACGUCCACCGAGGCACGACGCACCAUCCUCAGCACCACCCUGCUCCUGGUCUGCAUCACCAUGUUAGGACUGGGCCCGGCCACCUCGCCUAUGCUGCGCUGGCUCAACAUCAGAGUUGGCGUAGACGAAGAUGAAGACAAGGUCUCAGUUCAGGGUCGGACAGAGAGGGGAGCAGCAGGGGAGGGCAGGGUAGACACAACAGCCGGCCUGUGGCAUCGUCUGGAACACAAAUAUCUUGGGCCGACGCUCACACACUCCGGCCCUCCACUGACCAGCACGCUACCCCUCUGGUGUGGCCCCUUGGCUCGGCUCCUGACCAGCCCUCAUGCCUAUGAGAACCAGGAGCGGCUGCGGGAUGAUGCCGAUGCAGGCCGUACAGAGGUUAACCUGAAGGAAGCCCUGGGGGACCAGGGUGGGUCUGUCGGGGGCGUCGCAGAGCCUCACGAGGACCCUCUGGAAGGAGACCUGGGACUGGGAAGUACUCCAGCUACAGCUGGGGGGGAGGAAUGAGAGGGGGUCAGAGGGAGAGGGUUACCUAUCCUCAGCAUGUCAGCGAGGUCCGCCCCCACCUCCACCAGGCUAUCCCAGCUUCCCUUGCAGUAUGAGGUCAGCCGACUAUAGGCUGUGGACACAACAGGACCAGGAGUUACAGCAGUGAGUCCUGGAGGGUCAC